AGGCGGGAUAUUUAUCUAGAUAGAGAAGAGGGAUGAUAAUUGCGUGUUUAUUUAAGUAGACCGCUGGUGUUUUGAUGGACUAGUUCAUCAGACCGCUGGACUCUUAACAUACAGUGGCGUAUAGAUCACGCUUGAUCUCACAGUUCAGAUCGUUAAUAUCCGAAUGGCUGUGUGCCAGAUCGAUAGCUAACCGAUGUCUAAGGGACGAGUUUUUAAGUCUAAACAAAGAUCUGAAGACGGAAGACGGACCGCGGGCAUCCUGGAGGGGAUCACGGUGUCUGUGACCAACAUGAAACCUGACAGAG